UCUGUGCUCCGGUACUCACAGAAGGAACCCGAACUUUGUCCAUAACACAAUAACACGUAAAAAAAGUGUAUCAACGGGAGGUCUUUCUGAGGUCCCAGAAAACUUCACCAUGGGUUCAUCAACAACACAGGGAAACAAUGGCAUGCAAAUCUCACAGGGUCACACCGAGUGCAAUUCUGGCGACAUCAGAGAUACCAUAAAAAAUCCCAGGUGCUCGCACAACGAGGUUCUUUGUCUACCAUUCCUGAUCGAACUGGUUGGUUUCCGAUGAGAUAGGAAAAGCGAAUCCGGGAGUACCCCGCAACGAUAAAACAUAGUAUGUAAUGGGAUAUGAUGUCCCUGGACUUUCGCGUAGAUAUGUCCUAUAAUUGCUUUCUGAAGUUUUCGAACGGAACAUUACCAUAAUCGCACAAGAGACAGUUAUCAUAUUAAGAGUUUGUAUUUAACAGGUUGUAUAGCUCCUCUUGGGAUGGAAAGUAGAACAAUUCUUGAUGCUCAGAUAAGCGCAUCUUCACAAAUGGAUAGCAACCAUUCUGCAUCUCAUGCAAGGCUGCAUUUGCAAGCAGAUGGAAGUACAUUUGGCGGCUGGUCUGCUCUCACAAAUGACAGCAACCAGUGGCUUCAGGUGGAUUUCGGUAGCUACACGCUAGUUACACAGAUAGCGACCCAAGGGGAGAAUGGCUACAACAACUGGGUGACCAAAUACAAGUUAAAGUAUAGUGAUGAUGGUACUACCUUCCAGUUUUACAAAGACGUCGGAGGUACAUCUCCAAAGGUACUCAGCGAUCAGUAUCAAAUUUCUCCUUGUAAUGUCAAUGCUUUGUAAAACAGAGUGUUCAUGAGAAUUACGGACAUGAUCUCAUAAGAUGAAUUUGCUUGAUAUUUAAUCAAACUUCUCCCCACUACUUCUGUGGGAAAUGAAUAGGGGCAACAAAUGAGAAUUCCAAUAAGUGUUUAAAGGGUUAACAAACCUCAAGGUGUAGUCCAUCCCAUCCCUUCAGACCUCCACCCUGAGUCAGACUCUAUAGACUGCUACCGUCCUUAACCCAUUCGCUCCUGAGCCGCCAGUAACCGCCCGUGCGGAUCCACGUCCUUUCUACCGCUUGUGAUGUCAUCAGUUUUGAUGGUCGAGGACAACUUUUUCCGCUAAUUUAAGCAGAGUGAAAAGAUCUUUCAAACCAUACCAGAAUGAGCACAAUUCGGUCAAGGACACCUGAGAAAAAGUCAAAAAACCAUGUAAGAUUGACCUGAAAAUUUCCAUGAAAAUCUUCUUCCACUACCCACCUACCUUCCCUUUCAUCUAAUCCUAAGAUCCUAAAAGCUUUCCUAAAAACGUUUCCCUCGAAAAUGAAGCCUACUAAAUGCCCAGCAAGAGAAAACAAAAAUGAGGCGAGAAAAGCGAAAAAAGAGGUGGGGAGAGAAAGCGAAAAGUAAAAGUCAAGACUGCUGUGUCACUUUUAAACCAAAGAACCCGAAAUUUUUGCUUUCUGCGCAUGACGAGCUUCGCAAACUAAAAUUGUGCAUCUGGAUCAGAAGACCGCAAAGUGUACGACCUCUACACGGCUUUGUGGUAAGUUUUAGCUCUUUAUAGCACAACACUGACCAGAAAACCGCUCGACUAGCCUCAAAACGCGUUUUUCGGCAAAAUCUCCGGGGGCGAAUGGGUUAAAGGUCAAAUGAACCAAAAAAUUGACAUAUUUUCUUUUGUCGCUUUACCUUCACCAAACACUAAAGAGAACCAUCCUAAGUGAGAUUUGAGUAAAUAUUUUUCUUCCCAAGCCUUUAUAGAAAGAUAAAAGAUCAAAAUCCGAGCAUUUCCGAAGACUUCACGAAAACGUUUCUAAAAUGGCCGCGUGAUAGACUGGAGACUACGUGAUGUCCGUGACGUCAAUGUUGGUCUUUCAGGGCGGAAAAACGUUCUGCGCAAGCUUCUGCGCAUCGCUUAUCGCCUGCGUUCGUUUGUCUCGUUCUGUGAGAGUUCUGACCGAGACUGAAUGAAUUACACGAGGUGCGAACGUUUGCUCGUUGUAAAGGCUUUUUUUUUGUUUUUGUUGUUUUUUCGUCACUUGAAAAUUACUUUGGAUUCAGAACAACCAAUGUUAGAGUAAAAACAGACCAUCCGUCAGUCUGAGGAGGAAUAAAACGUUUUGAACAUUUCCAAAGAGGUUUGUAUUUUCCUGAUAAUCGUGCAUUCGAUUUGUGAAUAAAUUUUGUGUCCAGUUCUUCGCCUUCUUUCGCCGGACUGAAUUAAAACCCGCUUGUAUUCUGUCAUUAGUAGUUACGGUUAGUUUUUUUACAUGCCCAGAUUUAUUUAUUUACCUUUGCAGAACCAGCUUUAUCCUUGUCUUCAGUCGCAGAACCGUAAUACUAACGUUUGCGAGUGAACAACUUGAGCGCUUAAAACUUCCUCGGAACUUUAGAAGGCCAGCAAGCUUUUCUGUUGCUCAAGUAAUAAUAGUCAGAGUUUUUUUCCUUUAGUUUUUUCAGUUUUAAUUACAUAGUUUUGUUAUCUUUCUGUACGCAAAUUUUCCUUUCACUCGCUGUGAAGUAGCGGAGAACGACAACUGCCGGCAGUGACUCCUAAACAAUCGACUGGAGCUGGAUUUGACUGAAGCAAGCAAAACAAAUCCUUAUGUGCAGUUUUCUGUGUUUUCUUAUGAUUCAGUUUGCUGAGUUUAAUUUGCUUAAAUGAAGACCCUCGCAUGGACCAGUUCUUACUCAAAAAAAGUAGCUAAUCUAGCUAAGUAGUCGGAAUCAUGGCUUAGCUGCAACUGAUCUUUUGGUUUUAAGAUCUUUAGGUAGGUUGUUUCCGCACAGAAAAUUCACUACUUCUUUGUCAGCAGGUAUAAGAGCCUUAAGCCUUAUGUUUUUUUUAUGACAAUUUAUUGUUUGCAACCUUAUUGACGCUUUUUUUAGUUCAUUUAAGGUGAAUUUUAUGCAUGACGGAAUUGUUCUUUGCUUGUCGCAUCUCUUUGCCUGCUUAAAGUGGCGUCUAUGGUCCUUAAAGUGACCUCAAUCGGUAAUUAAGUCUUAUACAUAAUUGGAAAGAAGUUUUUUCAAUAAUGUAGCUUUAACUUUGUUUGAGGGAAAUCUUCCUCACGCAUAGGUUUGUGACAGGUGUUAUGCAUGUUCAACUUGACAACACUAAGCAAAAUUAAUCUGCGCGAAACGAUCAAGUUUAAAAAACUAUGGUUGCUUUGAAACCGAUCUUAGGGAAGAUUUACUAGAUAAGGAUGAACUCUUUUUCUGCCCACAUAUCAAGGCCAAAACUUCUCCAUUGAGGAUUCUGUUUAUAUUUUAGUGAUCUGCGAAGCUAGAAGUGUCCGAUCAAGCGUGGGUUUUAAAAUAUCAGCUCGAGUGCUACAAAGUUCAGUGCCUUCAAACACAUUGUGGGCAAACUUGAAUUUCUUUGGGCAGAUUAUUAUACAAAGAUAUUUUGUUGUUGUGUCCACGGUGGAGCUCUGGACCAUAUAUACCCAGGAACUUCCAUAUAUAUAUAUAUAUAUAUAUAUAUAUAUAUAUAUAUAUGAACACAUUUUGGUAAUGCAUCUUGAAAAAAAUCGGACUUACGACGCACAUUUCCAGUACAACUAAAGGAAAUUAGUUAAUGUAGUUAAAGUUCGUUUUACUAUGAUGUAUCCUUCGAGAAAAUUAAAUAAUAAGAAGGUUAUAACCACAGCUUGCAACUUUUGAAGACAAACUGCCUGCUCUUUCCAGGUUUAUGGCCGCACAAACCACUUCUGCGCCAAGUCGACUCGAAAAACCGCAGAUGUUCGUAUUAGGCGGGUGUACGUUAAGCGGGGUGCGACUAUAUAUUAAUUUAAUAUUUUUCGGUUGGAUCGCUAAUUUACAGUCACCAUUUUCACAUAGACCAUAAUGCAUCUUGUUUACCCCACAAAAUUUUGCAUAACCAUUGUUUCCAUUUUCUCUUGGUUAUUACAGUUGUCCCAAGGGAAAUCGAAGACAAUGGUUAUGCAAAAUUUUUGGGUGUAAACAAGGUGCAUUAUGGCCUAUGUGAAAAUGGUGACUUGAGACUGAGUAUCUUAUGAAGAAUUAUGGAGAUCGAGGAGGGUGUUAACACCUCCUUUUGGAUCGGUGUUGAUGCAAAAUGUACUUCAAUUAUUUCCCUCUCAUCCAACAAAUCCUUAGUGGUCUAGUGGUUAGCGAGCUGUACUGGUUCUUCUGAUCUUGAGUUCGAAUCCUGCUGCCCAUCAUUACAAAAUUUUUUUCUUUCAAAUUGAAGAGACUUGCACUUUCAUGAACAUUUCCAGCUUAAAAUAUCAUCUAAGUGUGAUAUAAAAGCAGAAAACAGUUCUUCCUUUUGUAAAUUUCGUUAGGAAAAAAGGGGCUACGACCGUUGGGAUCUAACGCUGACCAAGCUCCACUUUUGACGUCAUCGGCUGAUUAAUCGCAAAAUUCUUCCUAAUUUGGUCAUCAGUAGCUGGUUGUGGUGAAUUAUGCGUGUGCUUUUAGCAAAUCAGAAUCGGGAAAAUAUUUUGAAUGAAUAAUAAUCAUUUUAAAGUCGAUCUCCAGGGAUUAUUAUUAAAACACAGCUUUAUCGUAUUUUUCAGGUGUUCAGUGGAAACACAGAUAGUGAAACGGUUGUGUACAGCAAACUUCCAUCGUCGAUCAAGACACGCUUCAUUCGUCUUUUGCCAACGCAGUGGAGAAAUCAGAUUUCAAUGAGGAUUGAAGUUUACGGUUGUCCAGGUAAUAAACUGAUAAUGAGGAGGACGAUUUUAUAGGGGAUCACUUGAUUUUUAGGAGGGCAAAAGGGGGGAAUCAGUCGUAACUGAGAACCCAAACGGGGGGAUCGCUGAAAACUUUGGAAGGAUUCAGACGGGAAAUCACUUAAAUCUGCUUGGAAAAUGAAGACAUGGAGGGGAUCGCGUAAGUCAUCAAAAGUUAUUAAGGGGGAUCACUUAAGUGAAGUAACUUUCAAAGGGGGUAUCAGCUAAAUUUCACCUUGUAUAUCCCAAAUCCUCCCCCCACCCCAGCGAUAAAUAAUAACCGGUCCCUAAGAUGUCAAAAUGUGCCCUGUAAGAGGGUUUUCAACGCACGCUAUGUGUUUUCUUUGUCUCUGCCGCGUGCGGAUUGACUUGAUUGACCAAUCGAAGGGUAUACCCGAAGCUGGAAUGAGGUAUUGAAAGCAAUGCUUACAGGCCCCACUUACCUGUCUUUUUCCAGCUUUCCCGCGGUUUUCGCGCAGUUAAUCUCGAUGCUCUUUCACAAAUAUGGCGGAGUCUGGAACAGGCUAAUAAUCAUGUGUUUGUUACAGACAUGUUUUGGCAAUGUUUUGUUCCACUUUGUCUAACCUAUAGGUUGCAUAGCACCUGCUGGCAUGGAGAGUGGAGCAAUCUCCGAUUUCCAGAUAAGUGCUUCGUCUCAAAAGACCGAUAGUUUUGCGGCAAGUCGCGCCAGGUUAAAUGUGAAAGUGACCGGAAUUAAGCAAGGAGGCUGGUCGCCUUUAAAAGACGAUCUUAAUCAAUGGCUCCAGGUGGAUCUUAGUAGUUAUACCACAGUAACACGUUUGGCAACACAAGGAAGGGAUGGCUCAGAUGAGUGGGUCACCAAAUACAAGUUGCAGUACAGUGUUGAUGGAGUCAUUUAUCACUUUUACAAAGGAAGAGGAGAAAGCUCAUCAACGGUAUGUAAAUAGGAUCAAUUGAAGUUUCUGGGAACUGACCACCUACCCCUCCCCUAAGCUAACAUUAACACUUACUUCUCACUUAAGGCAAAAUGUUGGCUUAGGGGAGGGGUGGAGGGGUGGAGGGGUGGAUGGAAGGUAAUCCGGAUUCUGGUCCUUGGGAAAUUUUUCCUUUUGAAAUCGAAUUUCCUUGAAUUUGUUCUUGUGGAAUCCGGAAUCCUGGACUUUGGAAUCCAGAAUCCAGCUCAAGGAGUCAGGAAUCCCGCUAACGAUUGGAAUCCGAAAUCCAAGUUCCUCCUUUGGUUCUUCCCUUGUUGGAGACGUUUUUCCGCGGUUUUUCCCUCUCGAAAAAAUCCAACACUUCCAAGUUUAAAUUCGACAUAGAACUCACGGACACGUUUAAAUGAAUUCUUAAGAACUCCUAAGGGCUUAUAGCGGUCACGAUAUUUCUUAAUUAACUUUUCUUGCUGUAGAUUUUUGAUGGAAACCAAGAUAGUAACACCAUUGUGUAUAACAAGUUGAAUUCGCCAAUCAUGGUACGCCUGGUGCGGUUAUUGCCAGUAGAGUGGCGCAGUCACAUAUGUCUCAGAAUGGAGAUCUACGGCUGUCCAGGUAAUAAGCCGGUUAACAGUUAUUAAACUGCUACUAUCAAUUAAACCAUAUAUGCUGAAGUCAACACACAUUUUGGUCGGUCAUUACUUGGGAUUAGUCAAAGUACAAAUGCACGGAUGACAAUAUGGAAGCUUUUUCAACUGUUUCGUCCCACAUGCAUGAUCAUUCGCCAUGUUCUAAAAGAGUGAAAUAAAACUGGGUACGAUAUACGACCGCAAAGUUUCUUGGGAUCGUUUGGAGGCACAACAUGAUAGUCAACAAACAUGUCGUAACGCUACAUGUCGUUACAAACUGCAAUGAUAAGUUAAGAAAUACAACUAUUCUUUACUCAUAAUGUACUACAGAGCUCCCAAAGAGCCUAAUGCACCAACUAUGUCUCCUUCUGUCAGAGUAACCUUCAGAGCGUUUUUAAGAGAUGACCUGCUCCUCUCCGCCACGUUUUUGCUCUGUAUUUAUAUUAUCCGUUGUUAUUACUUUGACCUGUAACUAUAUUGUCCUACUGUCAAGGGUCCUCUACCAUAAUGCUCCAACAUUUUAAUUUCUACUUAUCGUUAUUGACUGUAUUACAGGUUGUAUAGCUCCACUUGGUAUGGAAAAUGGAGCAAUCUCUGAUGCCCAGAUAAGUGCCUCUUCUCAGUGGCAUGACAAUAAUGGUCCACACAGAGCUCGAUUGAAUAGGAAACAAGAAGGAAACAAGAAGGGAGCCUGGAGCUCUUUAAACAAUGACAUUUAUCAGUGGCUUCAGGUUGAUAUUGGGACAUAUACCACAGUGACUCGCAUAGCGACUCAACGCAGAAGUGAUAUGAGCCAAUGGGUUAUCAAGUACAGGUUACAGUACAGUGAAGACGGAGUGAACUUCCAUUUUUACAAAGCACUAGGACAAGAUUCAGCAAAGGUACGCCCAGGUAGUAUUCUUCUCGACCCAUGUUAGGUCACCCGGAUUCCCGAAUCCGGCAAGUUUUUACAUGUAGAAUCAGGAAUCCUGGGAAUGCAGCUCAAGGAAUAAGGAAUUCUGUGUUUUCACUCAUGUGGCCAGCAUCUGUGCAAAUUUACUGGAACAAAAGAAAGCUUUUACAUGAGAAAAGAGUUCAACUCCCACAGGACUGGUUUGGGACACAAACAUGGCCGCCGUUUCAUUGUUUUGGGACACAGAUAUGGCCGCCAUGACGUCAUGUGAAAACACACAAUCAGGAAACCAGUAGCUGAAAUGAGGAGUCCACAGUGUGAAAUCCAGAAUCCAAAAAAAAUAAGCCCCUCCAUGUAUAAGCCCCUCCAAAUAUAAGCCCCACCAAACUCGUAACGCAAAAAACCCUGCGUUAAAUCGCCCCUCCAAAUAUAAGUCCCCCUGGGGCUAGUACUUGGAAAUUACCCUCAAAUACAAAGUAAAACAAAGCAAAAACGGUAAAUUUUCUUCAAACUAUAAGGCUAGCCCAAUCGAUUUUGAAACGCAAAUUUCCCUCCAUAGAUGAGCCCCCCUGAACAUAAGCCCCUCAAAACGGGCCUUUGAAAAAUAUAAGCCCCUGGGCUUAUUUUUGGAAUUUUACGGUACCUUACAUGAGGCGAUUUCCUCUCUACGUUACUUGGUACUUUCUUUUAAAUACCAUCGAAACAUAAAGGACAAAACAUCUCUUUCUAUUUUUAUUAUAUUUAUUGAUUAGCCUGAAUUUCAGCCGUCUCAACUAGUCGCAAACUCCCAAGAAGCUCUCGGGAGUUUGGGACUCGAGGAGACGGCUGCCAUUCAGGAUAAUUAUAAAUCUGCUAGCUUCAAAAAAAUUCAUUUACAGUCCAAAAGUUUCGAGUCAAUGAUAAUUAUAAAUAUAUCGGUCUGUAAAAUUAUUGUUUACUAUGUUUGGAUAGUUGUUUGAUGGAAAUGAUGACAGAAAUACUAUUGUUUACCAAACAUUGAGCCAGCCAAUCAGGGCACGUUACAUCAGGAUACUUCCGCAGGCUUGGUACGGACACAUAUCAAUGAGAAUGGAACUCUAUGGCUGUCCAGGUAUUUUUUUAUUCCCCUAUUUCAGGAUAUUUCAACUCGCGACCUUAACACCACAAUGGAAUCCCAAGUCAUAUACCAUAACAAACCGAUAUUGCAGAGGACCUUGCGAAGUUUUUUGCGGGGCCCCAUAGCUAAGAAAAUUUCUCCGUCGGAGAAAUUUUGGUAGUCACGUGACCUUACGUCCGUCCGUCCACUCGUCCAUCUGAACUACAGGGUGACCAAUAUCACACUUUCUACCAAUGUGGGAGCCCUCAACCUGAUUUUCGACAUUCAUGUUGUGGUCAGUUGACGACUGUCGAAACGGGGUAUCCGCUGACCCUUAUCACAUGACCAUCUCGCGGGCUCAGGUGUUGGCCCAUCGGGGUAAAAGUUUGUUUUGAAGUUAUCGGCUUUCAAGUUAGUAUUUUUCAACUGAUCACAUGCUCAAGUCCAAGUGGAUUUCUUUGAAUAGUUACAAGUUUAUUGUUUGAAGCAAACUUUAAAUUUAUCAACGAGAGCUUUGCCUUUAGCCUUGGCUAAAUCUAUUUAUUAGUUCAGCAGAGCAUCCCGUCUUUCUUAGACGUUUCGGCUUUGACCUUAGUCUGCUACACAGCCGUUUUUAGUGUCGUAACGACACUAAAAACGGCUGUGUAGCAGACUACUUUGACCUCUGAUGUACCAGAGCGAGACUUAUUUUGGAAAUUCGACAGGAGCGUCUCUAUCUCGUGAAGAGUUCUAUUCUUGUCAGAUCAGGAGGUUUCCCAACUGUGCACUAAGCUUUUAAUUAUUUCUCUGUUUUACAAGACUUUUCUGAAUUUAUCCAAAAGUCUGAGAGUUGGCUUUUACUGUUUCAUCAUAGACUAUCCGUUAUAAAAUUAAUGCAGUAUCUAACAUAGGUUCCUUUUACUGAUCUGUUUCACGCUUAGCCUGUGAAGCGCCUCUUGGCAUGGAAAGCGAAGCAAUUGCCGAUUCCCAAAUAAAAGCAUCUUCUCAGCUGGAUGACCGACAUUCUGCAACGAAAUCCAGAUUGCAUUUCAAAACAGACGAAAGCAAAGAUGGAGGCUGGUCAUCUCUCACAAGUGAUCCCAACCAGUGGCUGCAGGUGGAUUUUCGUAGCUAUGCUACAGUGACACAUGUCGCGACUCAGGGAAGACACGCCCACAAUGAAUGGUUACUUAACUACAAAUUAAAAUAUAGUGAUGAUGGCGUGACAUUCCAAACUUACAGUGUGCCAGGAACCAAACUCUCAAAGGUACGGCUUUCUCAUGAGUAAAGGCUGUUUUUUCACGGUUUUUUCAAAAGAAAUUGCGCUCUUAUACUCCUUCUAUUUAACUAUCAAGCUUGCGGUAGAUUAAAUUAAACAAUGUCUUCUUUUCAUUUGGAUUGGCAUGCCUACGUUUUACUCGAUUGAAAUAGCGCCUCUCAAGAACUCCUGUUAUCAUGCAUUUUCCUCCAUGUGCCUGGAAACAUUCCGUGUCCUGCGAGUUCUGUCGACGUAAGUACACUGUAAAUGUUUGUUAUCACUGUUUAGGUUUUUGGUGGAAACAAGGACAGUGACAGCGUUGUGACCAAAGAAUUGAAUCCACCAAUCACAGCACGCUUUAUACGGAUCUUACCAACCAAGUGGAAUAACCGGAUUUCCACGAGAAUGGAGCUCUAUGGUUGUGCAGGUAUUCUGAAGUAAUUUCUGAGACUUUUUUCAACUUAACAGAACCUAUUGACUGAGUGUUUUUUAAUUCUUCACUUGCUUAGAAAACAGGACAUAUCGACUACAAGGCUCAUUAAACUAAAUUUUCCCCUUAUAUUUUUAAAAAGUACUUGAAGCAGCCGCUCGCUAUUUAAGCCACAAGGAACGCACUCUUUUAUAUUUCUAGGCCACUUCUCUAACGAACGGAAUAAUAAGAAAAACUAAGUCUACACGUUACAAUCCAAACCUAUUUUACAUUUCAUCUAUUGAUAUUCCUUUUUAUAUUUAUGAUCAAGCCUGCUUCGCCCCACUUGGAAUGGAAAAUAAUGCCAUUUCAGACGGCCAGAUAAGCGCCUCUUCACAAGCAGAUGACGAUCAUGCUCCAAACCAAGCGAGAUUGCAUGCUAAGAUAAGUAGCGGCAAAAGCGGUUGCUGGACUGCUCUCAAAAAUAAUCUUAACCAAUGGCUUCAGGUGGAUCUUGGAACUUAUACCAGAGUAACACGGGUGGCCACUCAGGGAAGAAAUUCCUUUAGUGGAUGGGUGACCAAGUAUAUGUUACAGUACAGUGACGAUGCAUUCAUCUUUCGGUCUUACGAAGAAGCAGCUAACACCUCCGCAAUGGUAAGUCUUUGCUCGGGUGCGUAAAUUUUAAAUCUCGAACACAAAUGACAACUCCAGCGUUUCUAUCAAAUAAACCCGAACACUAAAAGUACGUCAUGGUAUGCCUUUUUUUCCCGUAGGAACUCAACAAACGUUUUUACAAGGAGGCGCCGCCCCGAGGUCCAACCCCUUACCCUUUUAUUCACUAUUUUUUUUAUGGAAAAAGGUACCCCAUUCGUACAGCUUCUAUUGACAAAUGAUACCCCUUUCACAUACCUAAUUCAGAACGAAGACUGCAAAAAAGUCGGUUUUUCUCCUUUGAAAUCGAUUUUUAAGCCACCCACGUGAGAUUUUCGCACGAAGCACACAAGCCUCACAAGCUCAAAGCGCUCCAGCACUUUUCUUUGACCUUUCUCGUGUUCUUGACCAACGCAAAAAUACGGGUUGUUUUGCUGGACAAGGACGACUGGUUGGUUCCCCACUUGUGGCAGUUCGGGAGGGUUCAUCGUGAAUGCCAUCAAUGAUAUUUACAGGUAACUGUCAAUAACAGGACUACGUUCACCCGAACGAUCAUACUUAACCUACUUAUGAAAUUACUCCUGGUUUCAAACCUUUCACAGUUUCUUAUUACUUUGAUUAUACUUUUUUAGAUUUUUGUUGGAAACAAAGACAGCGACACGGUUGUGUACAACAUUUUAAAACCACCAAUCACAGCACGCUUCAUUCGAAUUUUGCCGAUGGAGUGGCACAGUCAGAUAUCAUUGAGGAUUGAAAUUUAUGGCUGUCCAGGUAUUCCGAAAUGUGUCGAAAAACAAUAAGUCAUAACUAAUUAUUUAUACAAAGAGCCCGUGUAUAUUCUGUCCCUGUUACCGACUUAUCACAGUAUUAAGACACCAAUUAACUAAAGGCAAACUUUGGUGCAAUAUCUGUGGAAUCUGGUUACUUUGACAAGUUCUCUUCUCCUUCAUUCUGGCGCUUUAAUGAUCUUCACCUAAUUUGUACCAGAUGGUGCUCUAAUUUGACGGCGCUUCUAUUUGUUUCUAUAAAAGUGUUUGAAAAUGAAUUCAGGAAAUUCGUUCAUUCGUUCGUUCAUUCAUGCAUUUAUUCAGGUUGUGUAACAUCACUUGGAAUGGAAAAUCAAGCCAUUUCUGAUGCCCAGGUAACAGCCUCGUCACAAAUGGAUGACACCAAUUCUGCACGAGAAGCCCGAUUGCAUUCCAAGUCAAUUGGGAACCAAAGAGGUGGCUGGGUGGCUCUCAAGAAUGAUCUCAACCAAUGGCUUCAAGUGGAUCUUGGCACUUUCACCAGAAUUACACGUGUGGCAACUCAAGGAAGAGAUGGGUAUGAUCAGUGGGUGACCAAGUACAGGUUACAGUACAGUGAUGACGGAGACAUCUUUCAUUCUUUCAUAGUGUUGGGGGUUAAUUCAGCGAAGGUAUGGCUGUCAAGUUUUUGAUAGAACUCUUCUAGUCCUCGGAGAAAUUUGUGAAAAUCCUAUGAAAGCGCAACUAGCUCACAAAUCAAUAUUGUAACUUCCAGAUUUGUUGAUUUAUAGCUUUUUGGAAUUUUUCCUAUAUUUAGGUUUUUACAGGGAAUCGGGAUAACUGCACAGUUGUUUACAACCCACUGAGUCCACCAGUCACGACUCGCUUCAUUCGGCUGAUUCCAGUGGGGUGGCAUAGUCGCAUAUCGAUGAGAAUAGAGAUCUAUGGCUGCCCAGGUACAGAGGAAAGAUUUCAUAUAAAUAAUGUAAUGUAUUUCCCCUUUGGCUUUGCUGUUGCCACUACCACUUUCGUCAAGCGAUUACCUGAAACAUUGCGAUCAUCAUCCCAAUCUCGCCUCAUGUAAAGUAAUCCGAAUUUCGGAAUCCUGGAAAUUUCGCUUGUGGAAUCCGAUAUCUUAAGGUGACUGAACAUAGUUUUGCGGCGGUAACUCGCGCGACGGCGCCUGUUUUAAAUUAGACAAACAAUCAUGGCGGCAAAAAAAGCAAUGGUACACAGAGGAUAUCUGGCCCAAUUUUCACUUUGAUUGUAUUUUAGAGAAUGAGAACUUUAAAAUGGAAGUUGAACAGACGAAUUUUGUGACACAUUUUAUAAUUACAGUACAAUUGUAUUAUUGUUGAUCUAAAAACAUAUCUGUUAAAAUUUGGUCAAAUAAGUUUAAAAUGGUAAUGAUUACUUGUAGUAAGCUGUGUGCAAGUUUAAACGAAAAUCUAGUGAGCGAAUGUUAUGUAAACUGAGCAAAAGUGAAAUUUUAAGGUUGCAUUCAAUCGUCACAUUUUACCUGUCAAUCAAAAUCUUUCAUCAGUAUAUUUUUCACUUUCCAAGUUUCAGCUUGCAAGCUGCAACCAUUCUCUUGCCAUGAUUUCGCAAAUGACAUUUACUCACAAACUGCCAAAACUGUGUUCAGCCAUCUUAAGCUUUAGAAUCCUGAAUCCUGCUAACGAUUAGAACUGGAAUCUAAGUUCCACUGUCUAGGAAUGCCGAAUCCAUGUCCUGGAAUCCGGAAUCCAAGACCGUUGAAUCGAGAAUCCAAGACUGUCUUGGAUUAAUGGACAUUGGGCAACCAAUCGCCAUUCGCUUUAACAAUCGCCUUGACACCACCGUUAUCCCCAACAUCUGGAGCCCAACCAUCUCCCUAUUGUCUUCCCUCGAUUACAGCCCCUGAUGCUAACGUUCCGCCUUGAUUGUAAAUGUGGUUAGAAAGCUUGUUUUUCCUGCUCUCACUAAUUUAGGUUGUACAGCAGCACUUGGAAUAGCUCUCGGAACAAUCACUGAUGCCCAGAUAACCGCGUCUUCAAAACUGGACAAAACCCAUUCUGCUGCACAAGCCAGGCUGCAUUCCAAAGCAGUAGGAAGCAAAUAUGGAGCCUGGUCAGCACAUGAAAAUGAUCAUCAUCAGUGGCUUCAAAUUGAUUUUGAAAGCUCCACCAAAAUUACACGGCUGGCCACUCAGGGAAGAAAUGGCUUUAAUGAGUGGGUGACCAAGUACAACUUAAGUUACAGUGAUGAUGGUGUACAUUUUCAUUCCUACAAGAUGGUGGGAGUAUCGACGGCAAAGGUAUCUCUUAGACCCAAUUUCUAAGGAGAAAACAUGUCCCGAGUGGGUAUAGUGGCAGGGGCAGCGGCUACCCGAACUACCCUGGGUGAGCCAAGGUUUCCUACAUUUUUUUACCAAACUUGGCGAACCGUCUACCUGAGAAACAAAAAGUUGGUUAGGCUAGAAAUACGAGCUGCCUUGCUGGGUCAACCUGGUAGAGUGACCGUCCUAGCCGAGUUAACUUUUCUCCAUUUAAACUCUUGUCCAUCCGGGCCAACUCGGUCAAGGACAGACAAUAAGAGCACAAGCGAGCGCUUUGGCGCUUGCUAAAGUUGACUCAUUCAGAGGGGGACCCUCUUUCCCUGGACAACUUUUUCUAAAAAUGGACGAGGCAAUACUAAGAUUUGGGUGGCUAUGAACUUAACACACACUUUCCUUGUCACUUUCUAAAAUGCCGUUUCAGGUACAAUAAGGCAUUUCGACUCCAUAGAACCGUUUUGGAAGCUGCUGUCUUCAACAUGGCAUCUAUCUUCUAAAACAUGCGAAGACUUUCAAUUAUCGAUCGGCAAUUGUCAAGUUUUAAAAAAGCUAGCUGUAACUUAAACCUAAUAUAAUUUCUUAGUCAGGCUAGCGAAAGGCUCCCUACUUGUGCAAUCUGAAAUAGUUUUAAAAACAAUCUCGUUCUUAAAACCAUUGUUUGCUUUGUAGGUCUUUGAAGGAAAUCAAGACAGUGACACUGUUGUAUACCACACUCUUAUUCCACCAAUCACAGCUCAGUUCAUUCGGCUGUUGCCUCUUGCUUGGCACAACCACAUAUCUUUAAGAACGGAGGUGUACGGUUGUCCAGGUGCUCUUACGAAAUAUUAAUUGAAAAUUUAUUAUUUUAAACUUCACAGAUAGUAGUUCGGGUCAGUUAAUGUGUUUCAUGUUUGCAAAAUUACGACACUCAAUUACAACGAAAAAACACACACUUUGGAAUCAUCUUUUUCAUCACGUAAAGUGGGAUAUUUUAGUAAAUCUGCCUGAGUGGCUCUAACAACUGUUGAAGCAUUAUCUGCAGAUGUAAUGUUCAGAAACUUUUUCAUUUUAUGUAUUAUUAAAUAUAGGUUGCGUAGCUCCCCUCGGCAUGGAAAGUGGAGCAAUAACUGACGCCCAAAUAAGUGCUUCUUCUCAGUGGGAUAACAAUCAUGGUCCAUCACGGGCCAGGUUGCACAUGCCAUUCAAUCAUCAGAUCAACCAACAAGGAGCCUGGUCAUCUAGUUCAAAUGAUCUCAACCAAUGGCUUCAGAUAAACCUUGGUGGUUACACUACAUUAACUCGUGUUGCAACACAGGGGAGAACUAACCACGAUCAAUGGGUAACUAAAUACAGAUUGCAGUACAGUGAUGAUGGAGUGAUCUUCCAGUUCUAUAAAGAGCCCCAUCAGACUUCAGCAAAGGUAUGCAAUAAGACGUUUGAGCAAAGACAUUAGGGACCUUACGAUCCGACAGUGGCGACGUCCAUGAAAACGUCGCUGAAAAAGAGACUUCGCAUCCUUUUAAACUUUUUCGUGAUUAUCCCAAUUCGCACUGUUGCCUAAAAAAAGGGAAUUUUGGUUGAAGCUGAAGAGGGGGGACCGCGUCCGAGUUCAGACAGAUGGUAGAAUUUAUCACCUUGCCGCUCCCGUUCUCAAGUAAACUUAAAAUUUGGUCAUUUCACGUCGUAGUUAUGCAAGGACAGCAAAGAAAUGUACAAAAAAGCGUGAUGCACUUGCAGAGUUUUGCUCAUUAAAACUAUUGCUUUUUUGAUGUUCUCCUUGCCGUUGCCGUCGUAGUUUCGUAGGGUCCCUAUUGGAGAGUUGAGGCAACGACGUUUUCGAGCGACGCACGUCCACGGUAAGAGAGGCCUUUUUCCUUUUAGUAUGCCUUGACGCCAGCAAGUUUGCAUUGCUAAGUGUUUUUAUGCUUACAGAGACGAUUUACCCAAAAAAUUGGGCAAAACGACCGCCCACUAUAAUGCAAAAAGUCCACUUCCGGUUGACGUGCGUCGCUCAAAAACGUCAGAUGUCGCUCUUAUAGCUGUUACCCCUUUUAAAAGCAGUUUGAAGAAGUAUUGGUUAAUCCUGGCGAAAAUGGGAAUUCACGUUCUCCUUGAGAAGAACAUCAGUGCAUCUUCGGGACGGUGCCCACUUUUUACUUGAAUAGACUUAAGUACCUUAAGAAGAUUAUUCAUCCUUUUGGAAACAUCACUGAUUGCGCGCGUGAAUACGGUCGAACCUCUAUUUAACCGCCUCCUAUUACGCAGUCACUCUCUGCGGCCAAAAUCGUCAGAAAAUCGCUGUAAGUAGAAACUCUAUUAAGCAUUACUUAGGUCUCCUCAUAGAGAGUCGCACCUUACAACUGGCUAGACUGUAUCUUAUCCCACUUAUAGCGGAGCUGUCGCGCGCUUUGGCGCACCAUGGGUACGAAAAUUUGGUCAGCUAUGCAUCCAAGAAAUUUCGGUUCUGACAAAAUUGUUUGUCCGUACGUCAGUCCAUAGGUUCGUACGUCCGCCACAUCAUGUUAGCGGAUAUGGAAUGUCUUAGUUUCUAGCUUAAAAUCCAAGGUAUAUACGAAUUGUGUUUAACUUGAUACUGGGCAUCCAUGUUGUUAUCAAUCGACAGCUAUUAAAAUAAGGUAUCCGCUGACUAGUGUCACAUGACUGUAUGUCACUGUGACUUUACUUCAGAAAGACUUUCUCUUAAAAGUUCCCACGAGAGCUUCGCUUUUGGCCUUGGCUAAAUCUAUAUAGUAAAAUCCAACUAGUGGUCUAUUAUCAAUGCUGCGUUCUGAUUGGUUGAGCUACUACUAGGCUACAUGUUAUAGCCCACUAGCAGCGAAAAGCGCCGGCUCUUUGGCGGCAAGAAAGGAUUAAAGUCAAGGUUUAACCAGCUAAAGUUGUUUUGCCUCGAUAUUUUUGACCAACUGGUUGGAUUUUACUAAAACAAUUAUUUCUCUUGCCCUCUUGGCCUCUAAGUCAAUAGCCCAUGAGGUCGAAGGCCGAAUGGGCUAUUGACUCAGAGCCCAUUCGGUCUCGAGGAAUAAUUGUUAAAUAUUACUUUACAGUGAUAAAUUUAUGUUCCAAAGUGGGAAGAUAGUAUGACCUUUCGAACAACCAACAGAAUUUCCUUACAUUUAACAUAUUCUGCUUGGACUUUAAAGUGUUACCCAAGACACAACUACGUGCGCGAAAUUGUUUUCUCUGAAUCACUGCAGGUUUUCCUCGCAAAUAAAGACCGUAACACCAUUGUUUACAACAUCUUGAAUCCACCCAUUACAACGCGCUUCAUUCGAAUCAAACCGAUGGAGUGGAGUGGACACAUAUCCAUGAGGAUGGAGAUCUACGGUUGUUCAGGUAUUCAAAGUUACAUUGUUCGCCUACUUGCACAGUAAGACUGCUUACAAUAGUUUGAAUUCGGUGCUGAUUGCAACACGCUCCAUUCAAACCUAACCGCUAGAUAGCUAGUUAGUUACGCUACCGCAUCUCCAUCAGGUUGAAGAUCUACGGCUUUUUAGUCGUUCAAGCUUCAGGCACUGUCCACAGAAAUAGAGGAUGGCUGAAACCACAUAUUUAGGUAAUUCGAUCGAAAUUCGAUAAAAUCCGGUUUCCAUCGGCUACACGAAUUUGCACAUCCGUCGAAUCCGAGACGAAAAUACAGUGUGGAGGGGUUUCAAAAAGAUGUUUCUGGUUAGCGGAUUUGCUAAUUUCGUGUGGAAGGAAGGCCGAUUCGUGUAAAAAAAUGUGUUUUAAAAAAUAUCCGGGUUCUUGUGAAUGUGGCCGUCCUUACAUGUACGCUAUAUUGAUGCGUUCUGACGGAACGAAACAGCUGUCUGUGGCUGCCACCAGGAAGCAUGGCUGUGCGCGUACUGUUGUAGUGUGUCACUUUCCUUGGGCAUUGAUCUUGUAUUAUGACCGGUCCACUAUCUGCCUGCUUACAAGAGCGGUAGCUAGCGGGUGGGGGGAACAGGGGGAAGCUGUCCCCCCUCGGAACUGUUGAGCCAGACAAAUCAAGUCUCUGGGUGGAUUUGUUCUCUUUAGACUCAAUUAUUUUGAUUGUAGUGACUUGCAUUUGUUUUCUAUUUUCAUGGGGCAGGAUAGAGACCCCCCUGCAAGGCUUGCACCUUGGGCAGGCGCGAUAAUCCCCCCACGUUAUAAAAUACCUAGCUAUAACCCUGCUUACUUGGCUUAAAGAAAACCUGCAACAUCCCAAUUCCUUGACAAUUAGAAAGUCAUAAAAUAGAACUCAGUCUGCAGUUUUAAAGGGUUGAUUGGUCUACGUUACUUGGGAUUUGUAGAAAAUAGAAUCGCUGGAUAGCUAAUCCAACCAAAUCAAACCAAUCUAGGUUGUACGACACAUCUUGAUAUGGAAAAUAGAACGAUCCCGUAUUCAUGGAUAUCCGCCUCGUUAGCACGUGAUAACAAACACACUGGUCGGGGAGCCUCCCCGUAUAAAAGUUUGUCGAGUAGCCCGGGAGUUUGAGAGAGCGACUGGAUCUUUCGUAUUUGGGUUUUCUUCUACAGAAAGAGACUAAACCGGCUUAAUUAACGAGCGUGAUUGAGCUUUUUUGAUGUUUCUGCCUUUAAAACUAAUCUAGGCUGUACGACACCGCUUGGUAUGGAAAAUGGAGCGAUCCAUGAUUCCAGGAUAACCGCUUCAUCGUCACUUGACAUCGAACACACCGCUUUGCAAGCAAGGCUGCAUCUGACAGAUGAUUCCAGCACGGGGGGAGGGUGGUCGGCUCUUAAAGAUGACUUUAAUCAGUGGCUUCAGAUAGAACUUGGUGGUUACACAACUGUAACACGUGUAGCGACCCAAGGAGGGAAUGGACGAAACGAAUGGGUGACAAAGUACAGAUUGCUAUAUAGUAGUACAGGAAAUAUCUUCAUGUAUUAUAAGCUGAGGGAAAACAGCUCAGCAAUGGUAAGUACAAAAAGCUCUGUCGUGUUCGUUAGAUUUGUGGCGAUUUGUGGGUUUUGUUGUGAACUCUUAAUUGCAAUCCUUGACAAAACCACUGAGAAAACAUUACAUAGUCCACAGGAGUAUGUAAAUCUAAAGAGGUAAACAACAUUGACUCCAGAAGAAGGGGUUUAAUAUUCGUUGGUUCCUUACAUAUAAUAUACGUUAAAAUGCCUGGAAUGCAUUUAAAGGAACAGUAUCCCGUUACUGCGCAUGCACCAAACUUUGAUUUUUGGACAGGAUGUCGCGAAAUCAAAAGAUGCGAGGAGAGUAAGAGAGCCUUGAAAAAUCCGUUUGCAUCGCGCUUGACCGGGUUCAAUACGACACUAAAACUUCUCAGGAUUACAGAUCAAUGAUAUAAUGUUCCUGUUAAGUUUCGAUUUGGGCAAUAUCUGGAUUUUUUGGCGUUCCUUUUAUUGCCGUUGGCCGGAGGACCAAAAGAUUGGAAGCACUUUGAUGCCGAUUGAAGGCUUAUUUCUUUUGCUAGCUUCCAUACAAGCUCGGAUAAUUGUGAAAGGAAUACGCAGAAAUGAAACGGCAACAAUAAAGACUGUAAGAAAGAAACCACUGAGACAUUUAUGUGACUGAGGAGAUCUUGUGGAGAGGAGCUUCGUAAAGCAGAAUGUUUUGCAACGACGCGUUAAAGUAAACUUUUUUAAAUGAAUCUCCCUAACGGCCGACAAAAUCAAACAAACAGGCGCUACAUGUUUAGAAAAACUAGUGCCAUGAAAUCAUAAUAUAAUUUUUGACUAACCUUUCUGAUGAUUCAUAGCGUUGAGAUUGGAUUUUUAUUUAUGUCUUUCAAACGUUUGAGGCUAGAACGCGGGCAAAUCAGGCAGAUAUUACUAGACUUGGAACAACUGACCUCUGACACGAGUUUCAAAUUUUAAAGCGAGCGAAACGAGAUUUUCGGGUCGCGAGGCGGCCCAGCUAGCGAUAAAAUCGCGAUAAGUCUUCGAACCGCGGGCCAAAUUUUUAUAUAAGACGAAACACUUCUUUGAAAGUCUAAAAUAUUACUUGAGAAUAUAAACAACAAAUCCCUGUCGGCGGUGCGGUCCGGAAGGAUAUCUUGUCGAGUCAAUAUGACAGUUCUAUUGUCUUUUGGAGAAAAAACAGAUGACGCUCGCGCGUGCGCAUAAUCGGGACACUGUCCCUUUAACGUGAUAUUUUUCUCUAGGUUUGGAAUAAGUAAUCUCGAAAGCCGAAAAGCGGUAGGAAAUAUGAUAUUAUCCAUCAGAGCUAGAGGGAGGUCGAUUGGUUUACUGUUAAUUCUAACUUAGGCUGUUCGCAGUACCCUAUUUUUCGUAAGAUCGGCCAUCUUGGUUUCAUAUUUACCGAGGGGGAGGCAGGGUUGAGGUUUGUAGUGAUAGGGUAAGGGCAGACUCCUCCCAAACCGUCCUCCGACCCCCAGGAAGAUUUGACACUCAUCUCCAGGCUAAACUGGAAACAUUUGCAACCAAGAUGGCCGCCCGUAACGCAAGGCACUCGAUCUUGAUGAUCUUACGAAAUAAUAGCGGUGGUGUCUAGUUCCAACUCGUCGCCGAAAACAGUUGGAGUGACCUUUGGUCAUUCAGUUUGUCAUGAUUAGCCGGGAUUUACUUGAAAUGAGAAAGUGAGAACUAGUAGGCUUGUUUUCCCCUUUUAGGUGUUUGAAGGCAAUAAAGACAGUAACAGCGUUUUUACAAACAGAUUAAGCCAGCCGAUCAGAGCACGCUACAUUCGCUUUAUACCAAUAGAGUGGCAUAUACACAUAUCAAUGAGAGUAGAGAUCUACGGCUGCCCAGGUGUGCUUCAUUUACAAAUAAUUUUCCGAGAGUUGUAUGAAAGCUACAAUGUGGUGUGAGCUGUAAUGAUGAACUUGAAUUGGCAUGUUGAAAAUAACCGUGGUUAGCACCCUAUGGAGUGCUUAUUUGCUGGUUUACCCGCGGAAAAGCAAUAAUCCUUUGUAAUUUUAACCUAGGAUUAAACUUACUUUAGUCAAAUUUUCACGCCAAGUUAGCCUUACAUUUGCCAUAGGAGUAACCACCAGGAUGACAGUUGCUAAAACGUCACUAAUAUAAAGUGAUUUCGCACUAACUGUUUCAAACCUCACCGCGCUAACAUUCCAUCACGUUCAAGUUAUCAAAUGUUGGCAAAUUUUCUGGGGUUAAAUUCUAAAACAGCUGUAUACAAGUUCAGAGAAAGAAAAAAAUCGUCGUCUUGCCUUAACGUCCUCCACAAAAACCGGGACAUGAAAUUAGGCAGUUCCACCUCGUAGCUGUGCCGACGGCAAAGAAAUGUACAAAAAAGCGUGAUGCAUGUGCAAAGUUGCUGUUUUGCUUAUAUUAAACCCAUUCCUUUUUCGCUGCUCUGGCUGCCCACGCCGUCGUCGUAGCUUAAGCUCCCUACUAUUAUGGUUAAGUUGUCUCGUGUGACCGCAGCUAAUAGUUCCUCUAUGAUUGUUUAUGUCCAAAUGGAUAAACGGAUAAAUGAUUGGAUCACAAAUUGAACUUUUAAUGCAUUUUUCAUUAAGUUUUUCACUUCCAGACAGAAUAAAGAAACAACGUAUCGAUUUUUGGUAUGACCGUUCAAAAUACAACUUGAUGUGUUUUAGUUUCACGUGGUCACAUUCAUUAUUAAAAAGUGUUUUACGUAACGCACUUACGGAGAGUUUUCCUUGAGCUAUGACUUUCAAUUCCUUUGGGCUAUAUCAGAUUUCCUUCAAACAUACCGGCCCAAAAGAUGAGGUUCUAUUAUAAACGGUACUAUCGCACCAUACAGGUUGUAUAGCAGCACUUGGUAUGGAAAAUAAACAAAUAUCAGAUGCCCAGGUCAGUGCAUCUUCAAAGUCUGAUGACAAUAGCUCUCCAAGCAAGGCCAGGCUACACCUCAAAGAAGAUCAAAACCUACCUGGAGGGGUUGGGUGGAGUGCCCUUAAAAACGAUCACCACCAGUGGUUACAGGUGGACCUUGGAGGUUACACCACAGUAACACGUGUAGCGACUCAGGGGAGGACUGGGUCCAAUGAGUGGGUGACCAGUUACAAGUUACAGUACAGUGAUGAUGGAAUGAACUUCCAGUUUUACAAAGAACAUGGAGACAAGUCAGCUAAGGUAUCUUCAUACACGUUUAUGUAAAAUACUUUAAAGGCAACCAGAUGUUUUUAAAUCAGUUCUCAUUUACAACAAGUUAGGCUACUUAGAUCGUCCAAUAUGUUUUGAUUAGACCCUGUGUGAAGUCAUAACCUGUUUUCUAUGGCAACAUAACUGGCAAACAAUGACUAAAUUGCGAGCAGUUUUUCAGGACUGGUGUCAAACAUAUUUAACCAAGCAUUGAAGUGAGAGACUUGUUGGACGCUGAUUUGUUAUUAGGGUUAGGGUGUAUGGUUUCACUGUUUCAUUGCUUAUUACAGGUUUUUACUGGAAACGAUGACAGUGAUACUGUUGUGUAUAAUGCCCUCAGUCCACCAGUCACUACAAUGUUUGUUCGUGUAUUGCCUAUAGCUUGGAACAGUCGUAUAUCUAUGAGGAUAGAGCUGUAUGGUUGUCCAGGUAAUUUGAGUAAGUUCAGAAGAAGCGGUCGUUAUAAAUUCGCCAUUUCCACAUAUCUCAUAUUAAAACGUUUUCCCCUGUCGUCAGGGUGGUCAUGUUUGUAUUCCAAAACAAUCAAACGGCGGCCAUUUUGUUUUCCAUGCCAAUCUUUUGGGUGCUAAACUUUUUCAAUAAAUAUCCAUAGAGAAAGGCCACGUCUGUAAAAACGCCUUUUAAAAUUUCUUUGGCUUCCAAACAUUGCUCUUCAAUUUCUUUUGGGAGAACUAUAAUACCUAAGAGAAAUUUAAAACAAAUGCAAUACAAGAUUUAAGAAGGAAAAGAAGGUCGAUAUCACUGUUGUUCCUGCUGUCGAUAUUCUAGCUCUUGUCACCAUUAAUUGUCGCUGUCGUCAUUGUUGUCACUGUUGUCAGUGUUGUCACUAUUGUCGCUGUUUUCACUGUUGUUGCUGUUGUCGCUGUUAACCCAUGUUGUUGCUAUAGUCACUGUUGUUCCCGUUGUCACCGUUGUCGCUGUUGUCUCUCUUCUCACUGUUGUCGCUACUGUCACUGUUGUAACUUUCAUUGUUGCUGUUGCUGUUGUCUCUAUUGUCCCUACUGUCACUGUCGUCACUAUUUUCGUUAUUUCACUGUUGUCCCUGUUGUCACAGUUCUCACUAAUGUCGCUGUUACCACGGUUAUCUCUGGUGCCGCUAUUGUCGCUGUUGGAACUGUUCCCCUUUUUGUCCCUGUUGUCGCUGCUGUCGCAGUUGUCACUGUUAUCACUGUUGUUGUUGUUGUUGUUGCUGUUGUCACUGUUGUCGCUGUCGUCGCUGUUGUCACUAGGGAGUUUAAGAUACGGCGACUACGGACUACGGCUACGGUUAAACAUGCUACUGCGCAUGAUCAAAACCACGUGACUGUUCAUUUUUCCCACGAAUUCCUACGGCUACGGUGAGUUGUUGAGCUGUUUCGCAUAGUCGGGACUACGGAGAACAUUUUGGUCGUAUUUUGCCGUCUCGGUUAUUCAAGAAUCUCGUCUUUUCGUAAAAAAGUUUUCAAUUCACCUGCUUUAAGUGAGUACAUUUUUAUCUAGCUAAGCUUAGAAUUCAGAUUGACGGCCGAGGAGAAGAGAAAUCAUGCAGGUAAUUUACUUUCUCUUCGCACUUGAAAAGUUUCAAUGUUUGUUCGAACUGAUCAGGGUGUCUUUCUACUUGUGUAACCUUUGUUUAUGCGAGUUUUUGUAUCGCUUUUGCUGAAGGAAAAUGAUGUAAACAUCUUCGAGACAAUCGAAACUCGGCAUUUCAAUACUUCAAACUAGUACUUCAAACAGUAGUCGGUGAAGUCCAUCUUCUAAAUCUAAUAAAUGAGCUGUGACUAUUUCUGUCUAUUUCUUUAAUAUUUGACAUAAGUAUUCAUGGGCGAAAAAAAAUAAAAACUGUGUAACCAAAACUUUGUUCACCAAUUUCACCCGACGUAAUUGCUUCUUUCAAGUAUGGAAGAAUUUGUUCAUUGUUCUAAAGAUAAGAUCACAUGCAAAACUGACUUGCAUUUUUGUGAACUGUGAUGAAAACAAGAAAAUCUUUGCGUGUUGUUUCCCUCUCCGCCUCUUCUCUCGUAGUCUACUGUCUGAAGUGCAAUCUUAACGUUCUAUAUUUGCACGCGACUCAACCCAGUGCUACAAACAAAGGACAACGCUCAUCCAGCCGUUGUUCGUAGUCCGUAGUCUCCGUAUCUUAAACUCCCUACUGUUUUUGCUGUUGUCACUGUUGUCGCUGUUCUCGCUGUUGUGACUGUACUGUUGUCGCUGUUGUAACUGUUGUCGCCGUUCUCAUUCUUGUCACUGUUCUCAUUGUUAUCGCUGUUCUCACAUUGUCGCUGUUGUCACUAUAGUCGAUGUUAUUGCUAUUUCGCUCUUGUCCUUUUUGUCACUGCUGUUGCUGUCUACACUGUUGUUGCUUUUGUCACUGUUGUUGCUGUUGUCAGUGUUGUCGCCGUUCUCACUGUUAUCACUGUUCCAACGGCUCCCCCUGUAGUCUCUGUUGUCACUGUAGUCACUGUUGUCACUGUUGUUGCUGUUGUCACUGUUAUCACCGUUGUCACCGUUGUGUCUGUUGUCGCUGUUGUCACCGUUGUCGCUGUUGUGUCUGUUUUCACUGUUGUCACCGUUCUCACUGUUGUUGCUGUAGUCGCUGUUGUCACCGUUGUCACUCUUGUCACUGUUGUCUCUGUUGUUACUGUUGUCGCUGUUGUCACUGUUGUCGCUGUUGUCACUGUUGUCACUGUUGUCGCUGUUGUCGCUGUUGUCGCUGUUGUCGCUGUUGUCACUGUUGUCGCUGUUGUAACCGUUGUCGCUGUUGUCACUGUUGUGGCUGUUGUUACUGUCGUCGCUGUUGUCACUGUUGUUACUGUUCUCGCUGUUGUCACCGUUGUUACUGUUGUCACUGUUGUCGCUUUUGUCACUGUUGUCGCUGUUGUCGCUGUUCUCACUGUUCUCACUGUUGUCACUGUUGUCACUGUUGCCGCUGUUGUCGCGGUUGUCACUGUUGUCACCGUUGUCACUGUUGUCACCGUUGUCGCUGUUGUUACCGUUGUCGCUGUUGUCACUGUUGUCAGUGUUGUCGCUGUUGUCACCGUUGUCGCUGUUGUCACUGUUGUCGCUGUUGUCGUUGUUCUCACCGUUGUCUCUGUCGCUGUUGUCACCGUUUUCGCUGUUGUGUCUGUUUUCACUGUUGUCACUGUUGUCGUUGCUGUCACCAUUGUCACUGUUAUCACUGUUCUCGCUGUUGUCACCGUUGUACCUGUUGUCACUGUUGUUGCUGUUGUGACUGUCGCUCUUUUUACUGUUGUCGCCACUGUUAUCACUGUUGUUGUUGUUGUCGCUGUUGUUACUUUUUUCACUGUUGUCGUUGUUUUCACCGUUGUCGCUGUUGUCACCGUUUUCACUGUUGUCACUUUUGUCGCUGUUGUCACUGUUGUCACUGUUGUCGUUGUUGUCACCUUUGUCGCUGUCGUCACCAUUUUCGCGUUGUCAUUGUUGUAGCUGUUUUGACCGCUGUCGCUUUUUGUCACUGUUAUCACUGUUGUUUUUGUUGUUGUUGUCACGGUUGUCAUUGUUUUCGCUGUUGUUACUGUUGUCACUGUUGUCGCUGUUGUGGCUGUAUUCACUGUUGUCGCUGUUGUCACUGUUGUCGCUGUUGUCACUUUUAGAACUGUUCCGGCUUUUGUCUGUUUUGUCACUGCUGUCGCUGUUUUCACUUUUAUCACUGUUGUUGUUGUUGUUGUCGCUGUUGUCACUGUUUUCUCUGUUUUCAUUGUUGUCGCUCAGUUUACUGUUGUCACUGUUGUCGCUGUUGUGGCUGUAGUCACUGUUGUCGCUUUUGUCACUGUUUUUACUGUUGUCGUUUUUGUAGCUGUGGUCGCUGUUGUCACUGUUGUCCCUGUUGUCGCUGUUGUCACUUGUCCCAUGUUCGCCGUUUUUUUGUUUGGGAACAUUAACAUGAAGUCAUAUGGAUGGGCUUAAUAGUCAUAUCGAAGUCAUAUGGAUGGGCUUUAUGGAAUAGUACUGACAAACGCGGAGCUCUCGUUUCCACACUGGCAUAUGAUAUUUCUCUACAGUGUUUUUGCUGCUGUUUAGGGACGAUUGGAUCGUCGGUGUGGGGGACGACAUAAGGUUUAGAUCCCAGGAAAAUUUGGGUCAGGAGGGGUAGUUGGAGGCGGGACAAGUAAAGACCGGAGUGGUACUUCUAAAUGGACGGGAAUUCGGAGAAAUUGGGGAAAUAACGAAACAAUGCUCAAUAGUUUGCAAACGAAAAAGGUCUAACAGAUAAAAACACCAAGAAAAGAGGGUAGUGCCGGGAAUGCAGUCUUAGGGAGAUGAUUACCCUCUAGUGUGUCCUAUAAAAAUCGAUUAAGCUCUGUAUUUUUUCCAUAUCUUUUGUCAAUUGCAUAUUCAGUUUGUUACUUGCCGUUUAAUGAAAUGUCAAUCUGGAUGGGAUUGUGAGAAAGGGAGGAGGGAGUAUAAUGACUGCUUUAAGGGAAUUAUUUUGAAUAAUGCUUACUCCGUAUGCUACAAAACCACAAACGUAAGUUUUUUUUAAGCCAGUUUGUUUAAUACCAACCUACGGGAAGGACAACUGCGAUUUAACAGCCAAACUGCCCGAAAAUUGAAACUUUGAAAAUCCGACUAAGUUCAUUGAAAUUGCUCUACGAAUUAUAUUCAGAUAUAUAAGUUUUCGAAGUCUUCAGUUCUUGGCAUUUUUAAAUCAUCCUAGGAUGCGUCAGUGCCCUUGGCAUGGAAAAUGAUGAAAUCCCAGAUGCUCAUAUUACCGCGUCUUCACAGCUGGAUGACAACAAUAGGGCAGCACUGGCCAGAUUACAGUUGAAGGAAGAUGGCCCCAUACAAGGAGGUUGGUCUGCCCUUUACAACGACUUUGGCCAAUGGAUUCAGGUGGAUCUUGGUGGUUCCACCAGAGUCACUCGUGUAGCGACGCAAGGAAAGAAUGCACAUGAUGAGUGGGUGGUCAAGUACCGACUGCAGUACAGAGAAGACCUUGGAAUAACCUUUACUUUUGUCAAGAAGUCAGUCAACAGUUCAGCAAAAGUAUGUUUGUUUGAUUACAUGGUGCUUUUUUUUCUACUUGCUCUGAAAUCGUAAAAAAGUAUUGCAAGCGCGGGGAAUACUCCGUCCGGGAGUGCUGCUGGGGCCUUGAAAACCUUGCCUGCUACAGUUUGCGUGUUUUUUAUUUGUCAGAACUGAGCGGCUACGCCAUUACCGUCGUCUUUUGAAUUUCACUUUUAAUCUAAACUAUCCAGCUAGGUCGGUCAAUUCUAAGUACAGCCAUCUCUCGCUUUGCGGACACCCCGAUAAUAUGGACAGCAGCUAAAUCCCCGGCAAAACAAAUUACAGACGUUUGACUUGAAUAAACUCUCGCUAUUACGGACUCUCAGUAAUUUGGACACUAACUCGAAGUCCCUGCAGCGUCCGCUGUAAAGGGAGUUGACAGUACUAUGCAAGAAGGAGAUGGUUAUCCAUAGAACGGGCGCGUGAAAUGAGGACGUUUCAUGGAACAACUGUGCAACGACGGCUGAGAAAUGUACAAAAAAGCCUGAUGCACGUGCAAAGAAGUUGUUCUGCUAAUAUAAAUCUAUUGCUGUUUUUCUGUUCUCUUUGGCGUCGCUGUCGUCGUGGCUUAUAUAAGCUUGCUAUUGUUGUGAUCCAAAAAUUUUGCAACCAAGAUAACGUGACGUCAGACUUUUCCUCUCUAUUUUCUAUAAAUGAUACCAAACUAAAUCCCUCUGAUUUCUAUUUCCUAUACUAGACUAGAGUACCUAUUUAACCUACCGGUAUUAAGAAAAGCAUGUCCCACCCUUGGGCCUUUGAUAAACUACUAUAAGCUGGAGCGGAGAGGUCACAUGAUCACCACAGUUCUUGCAGGGAAGGCAAUGACCCUUUGGGCGAAAGAGUCAUAUGGGGAAAAAUCUUCAAGUAAUUUAACCCUUUACGCCCUAAGAUUGAUCAGCAUCAAAUUUCUCCUUGUAAUAUCAAUGCUUUGUAAAACAGAGUGGUCAUUAGAAUUACGGACAUGAUCACACAAGAGGAAUUUGCUUGAUAUUUUAUCAACUCCUCCCCACUACGUCUUUAGGAAAUGAAUAGGGACAACAAAUGAGAAUUCAAAUUUUGAUUUUAUGGCUUAAAGGGUUAAAUGGCAUCUUGAGCGAUAUCGUUCUAUGUGGUUCGGGUGCAGGUAAAUCAUUAGUUUGCUUUUCCUCCUACCCGAAACGCAAUUAUUUUGUAUUUCUUCGCUAAAGAAGUCGAAGGGAGGUUUAUACUUGUGGGACAAUAAUUAUAUUAUCUGCCCCCUUUUUCGAAGGCUCUUUUGAACCUUACCCUGAAUCCCUUAAAAUGUCUGCUAAACAGGAAUAACGCAACUGUUCUCUUUCAUCUUUGUGCUAUAGGUAUUUUACGCAAAUCACGACAGCGAUACCGUGGUGUAUAACGUGUUAGCCCCACCAAUCACAGCACGUCUAAUCCGUAUCUUACCAGUGGAGUGGCACAAUCAGAUAUCAAUGAGACUGGAGAUAUAUGGAUGUCCAGGUUAGUAAGGAGAAAAUUCCCAUGCAAAAUAUUUUCGAGUCAUGCUGCUAGCAGAGUAUUCUUUUGCCUUCCAGUGUAAAGAGAAGAAGAGAGACUCUGCCUGAAUCACGUCAAAACUUUGAAGUCACCGCAGCCUAAACUUCUGAACUAGUCAAUCUUGAGGGUCCCCAAUAGGUUUAUCGGGAUCCGGGAUUUCCCGUAUUUGAAGCUCGGGAUUCAGGAUUUUAAAGCAAAAUCGGGCAAGAUUCGGGAUUGAAAGUAUGCGCGCAAGUUAGAAUGCUCGAAAUAACCCUCGGGAUCGUUGAAAAUUUGAGCCCGAAAUACCAAAUAGUUUAGGAGAAAUUCUCUUUGAAGAACCCUCAAAAUUUACAAAGAAUGUAUGAGCUCAUUAACGUUUCGCCACUCAGUAAAUUUGAGGUUUUUAAUUGUUACUGAUUGCAAAGAGCUGAAACUUGCACAAACUGCAUAAAAUCACCGGCUCUUUUAAUUUUUGAGCGGUUACAUCGUCAAUGGGUUAACUGAUAUGCUAAUGAGCAAAAAUGUAAACAGUGACGUCACGAUGAAUCCACUUAUUGCAGCUAGGUCAAUAACGUCAGUUCUGGCUCUACUCUCAGAGUCGAGGAGUCGAUUAGAGGAGACAGCGUGGCCGAGCGGUUAGAGCGCUGGACUUGUAACUCGGACGCCCCGAGUUCAAGUCCCGCCAUGGGACGGAAUUGUUCAGGUUAGUCCCAGUUUCAAAUCCUCGCCCACGCUUGUAAUAGCCAUCGUGAUUUGAAUUAUUUUGUCUCAGGCAUUUGCUCGGCCCCACUAGCAUUAGUGCUAUAAAUACUGCUAAGGUUAAAUGAAGUAAUUAUUAUUAUUAUGGUAUGAUCCUCUCCAGUUCAGGGGCAAUCCCGCACGCAGCUUAGAGACAUAACACUUUCCGCAAGAUAUGGGCAGUACCAACGAUGGCUGACAACUGUGCGCUGCCAAAAAUAUCUGGCAGACUCAACUUACCGUAUUAUUAUUAUUAUUAUUAUUAUUUAUUAUGAUGAUGAUGAUGAUGGUGAUGAUGUAUUCAACAAGCCCCUAAGGGAAUUUUUUAUACUUUGUUUUUAUGUAGUUCCUUUUUCAACUACGACUGCACCGCCAACGGAAAAAACUACAAAGACAACAUCGACUGAAAAAAUUAGUUCCACUGGAAACGAAAUAACGGAAGGGAAACUAGGAAGAUCUGCGUCGCAACGGAGAGAAGGUAGCAAAAACCGGAUUAAGAAACACUUCAGUGAAAAUACUCUUUGUUUGGCUUUGUUGUCAGGACUUUUUACGGCUCCCUUAUUAAAAAUCCGCUUGCUCUGUUUCUUUUCUUUCUAACCAAAGGGAAUGGAUUACAGUACGGGAGGAUUCUUUGUUUUAAUUGAACUUAGGAAACGUUGUUUGUCGUUAAAUAUAAAGCCGGUGUGUUUUUAAUUUUAAUACCUGAUGACUGAUGUUCUGUGGUUUUUGCUCUUCUCUUUGAGUUUUUGAUGUCUUCAAGUAGUUUGGUUUGGUUCGUUGAGUUCUUUUGAAGCAUAGCUUUGCAUUGCGGCUAAAUGACUUUUUAAUAGCGAUCGCGAGCUGGUUUUCUAUAGUUUUCUCGAAAGUGCCUGAAUGCUGAAUUGCAAGCUGCAUGUAGUUGUUUUGUCUGUAGGUGAAUGUGAUCACAUGGGCUUGAAGGGGUUUAGAGGGUUACCGAAUCCGUUACACGGGGUGCUGGGGUUACAAGGGGUUCAGGGGGCUUAGAAGAGAUUACAGAGGUUACAACGGGAUACAGAGGGUUACAAAAAACUGCAAAAUUGGCAUUUUUCCAAAGGGGAAGUCCAUGGUUUUGGUCAAAGAUUUGAGAUUUUGCCAAUUUUUAGUUUUAUACAAAGUACUCCGAGAAAAACUAUUUGGUUACAUUUUCGUUAAAGACAAGCCUUUCUAGACAAUGGAAACAUGGAUUUAAGAAAACAGCAAAAUUCGCAUUUUUCCAAAGGGGUUAGACUAUGAUUUUGGUCAAAAAAGUGAAUUUUUUUCAUCACUUGUGUUUAUCAAAAAUAAAUCGAGAAAGAGUGUUUGCUGGUGUUCUAGAAGCGUUUCAAGAAUAUUAGAACAUCUUUUUAUAAUCCCCUGUAACCCCUUGUAACCCUCUGUAGCCACCUGUUUCACUAUGUAAUAGAUCGUGAUAAUAGAUCGUGAAAGAACGAUUUUGGCGUUUUAUAUAGAAAAAAAGCCAUUCUAGACUAUGAAAACAUAGGUUUAAAAAACAGCAAAAUUGGCAUUUUUCCAAAGCGGUUGGUCCAUCGUUUUCGUCAAAACUUUGAGAUUUCAUCAACUUUUAUUUUUGUGCAAAAUAGAUCAAGAAAAAGUAUCUUGGAACGUUCUAGUUCCAAAAAAGUCUUUCUGUAACCGGUUGUAAUCCCCUGUUAAAAUUGUAAUCCCUUGUAACCUCCUGAAACCCCUUGUAACCCCCUGUAACCCCAUGUUACCCCCUGUAACCCCAUUUAAAAGAGCGUGGUAAUAGAUCUUAAAAGAACGAUUUUUGACGUUUUAUAUACAAAACAAGCCUUUCUGGACUAUGAAAACAUCGGUUUAAAAAAGCCGCCAAAUUGGCAUUUUUCAUUUUUUCCAUGGUUUUGGUCAAAAAGUUGAACUUUUUUCAUCUUUUGUGUUUAUCAAAAGGAGAUCGAGAAAAAGUGUUUGCUGACGAUCUAGAUAGAAAAGAAGCCUUUCAAGACUUUCUAGAUAAUUCUAGCUAAUAGAAACGUGGAUUUAACCCAACAGCAAAAUUGGCCUUUUCCAAAGGCCAAUCACCCAUUCACCAUCACUGUUCCACCAUCAAUGUUCCACCAUCAAUGUUCAACCAUCACUGUUCCAUUCUAUCACCACACUCUUCCACCAUCACUGUUCCACCAAUACUGUUCCACUGUUCCACCAUAACUACUCCACCAUCGCUGUUCCGCUAACACUAUUCCACUGUUCCACCUCAGUGUUCUACCACACUGUUCCACCAUCACUGUUCCACCAUCACUGUUCCACAACAUUGUUCAACCAACACUGUUCUUCUUUUCUACCACAUUAUUCCACCAUCACUGUUCCACCAUCGCUGUUCCACCCACACUGUUCCACUUUUCCGCCAGACUGUUCCACUAUCACUGUUUCACGGUUCCACCAUCACUGUCUCACUGUUCAACCAACACUGUUCCACUUUUCCACAACAGUGUUCCACUAUCACUGUUCCACCAUCACUAUUACACUGUUCCACCAUCGCUGUUUCACUGUUCCACUAUGAGUGUUCCACCAACACUGUUCCACUGUUCCACCACAUUGUUCCUCAAUCACUGUUCCACUGUUCCACCACGCUCUUCCACCAACACUGUUCCACUGUUCUAGCAACACUCUUCCAGCAACAUAUUUCCGCUUUGCCACCAUCACUGUUCCACCAUUAAUUUUCCAUUGUUCUAUUAACACUGUUCCACCGUACCACCACACUAUUCCAUUGUUUCACCACACUGUUCCACCAUUACUGUUCCACUAACACUGUUCCACCAUCACUUCUCCACUGUUCCACUUCUUUGUUUUAUCAACAAUGUUCCACUGUACCACCACACUGGUCCACCAUCUCUGUCCCACUGUUCCAUUGUAGCACCACACUGUUCCACUAUUACUGUUCUACUGUUCCAUUACAGUGUUCCACCAUCAGUGUUCCACUUUUUCACCAACACCAUUGCACCACUCAUUUCUACUAUCACUGUUCCACUAUUGUUCCUCUUUUGUCCCGAGUCGGAUUUCAGUUCGUUGAGUUCUUUUGAAGUAUAGCUUUGCAUUGCUACUUUUUCUUAGCGCGAAAAUUAAGGACCUCAGUAGUUUUCAAAAGCUUGCAGCGAUUUAUUUCCAUAUAUCAUUAUUAUUAUAAUUAACGUCAUCGUUACUCUAUAUAUACUACUACAUGCAAAAUUUCUGCAACAGUGGUAUUUCAGCUUAAUAUGAAAUACCUACAUGUCAAAAUUACAAACCUUUUGCUGGUAGUAGUAUAAACAAAUAAUAGCAUGAUUUGUACGUGAUAUUUGGCAUAAAUACCACUUGUGAUAUUUCAAAAUUGUCUCAAAUUUCACUCGCCUAACUGCUCGUGAAAUUAUGUCUAACAAUUUCGAAAUAUCGCUCGUGGUAUUUGUGCCAAAUAUAACAACAAAUCAUGCUAUUACCUAUACUAAUAGGCUAUUUUCAUGAUGAAGGCAUUGGACAACAACUAUCAGUAUUCUUUUUUUUUGCCUUCUCAUUUAAAUUUGUUAAACCAAUACGCCACUUCUACAUUUCCCAUGAUGCACCUUAUUCUCCCCCCACAAAAAAAAUUGUACAAGCAUUGCCUUUAGUAGAUUGUUUCGGCCAGUUAUUUAAACGGAGUCCAGCCACAGUUAUUUACAACCGCGUUCUGAGCCAUUUUCAGUUUGCCGAACGCUUUUACGUAAACGCCAUUUAUCGUGAACAGUUUUCAUGAUAGCAUUGACGUAGACUAGAAAAGCAUUUGUCCUCUUAAAAUCACUCACUAAGGAAGGGAUCUGGAGGUCCAAAGAAUUCCUAAACCGUGGUCUAGGUUAGACUUCAUUUAAAUAAAAUAAUAAGCGUCCUGAAGAGUGUUUUGUGAACACUUUGCAGAUUCCAAGGUUUCGGCGAUCGUCGCGCCAGUGGUUGUGUUCGUUUUGGUCGCCCUUAUAUUAUUGGUAGGAUUCUUCUACUGGAAAAGGUAGGAUCGCGCCUCACUAGAAACGCCAUUACACUUUUUUUGAGACAACCCACAACAGAUGUCGUUAAAUGGAAACUGAAAAUUUAAGACUGAAGAGGAAUCGACUUUCUUUCGUAAGGAGCGAAAGCAGGAGGAAAACGUCAAAAAAUUCAAAAUGGCGGUGCGCUGAAGAUAAAUAGAGAAUGUAAGCGUUGUCAGCGAGUUUGCCGAUUGAGCGCAUCGGUUCUUCGCAGCUGCACAUGCUCAAGUCGUUUUUACGGCGAGUUUUCAUCGAAAAGUUGAGGUGGCGAGAGAGAGAUUUUUAAAGAAUCAGGAGCAACAUUUUCGAUUUGAUUUCGAAGUAUUCGCUUACAUGACAGGCGCAGAAAUCGACUUCAAAUCAAUAAAGAUUGUCGAAAUCGCACUCGUUGUCAACGCUAACACUCUCUAGAUAGUGUAAAGGCGAAAACAGGAAAUUUUUGUGCUACUUUUUUCCUUUCGCUUUCUAGAAAAACAGUUGGAAUUUUGGCUUUCGUUUGAACCUUUUUCGUUCAAUUUGUUAUAACACGGAAGCAAAUAGGAACUUAGUGAAAUUAAAACCCAUCGAGUAUUAGAAGGCUGUCUGUCCCGGGGGGGAGGGUACUCCGGAUUUCAAGCGACAGGGAUGAUCGAAGGUUUUUUGGGGUUUGACAUUUUCGAUUUCGGGAUAUUUUUUGGUUGGAAAAUUUUGGCAGGUAUUUUUUGCGGGUAUUCAAAACAAUCUGAAGAUUGGUGAUAGUUCCCACGUAUCCCGGCCGCGUAGUUCCGCCAAUAGAUUAUUUGGCUCGAAAAUUCAGGAUGGGAUUUCUGAGGGGUGAAAUUUUGGUCCAGGUAUUUUUCUGCAUUUUGUUUGAAGCCCUAGGGAUUUUGGGGGGUUUUGAUUUUUGCCCCCAUUCGAUCAUCCUUGUCACUUGAAAUCCUGAGACCCCGCCCUUCCCCCAUCCCCGGGCUGUAUAUGCAGCCAUGACAAUGCCAUCGUUUUUUUUUUUUUUGCUUAUUCUAUGACAGAAAGAGAUCAAAUAAAAACUUGGAGAUUCAGCGAGUGACAUACCAGAAGUAAGUAAUCUUAAAAUGAAUAUACUUAAGUUAGCUUUCCCGGCCCGGCAAUGUUUUAUACGGGGGUAAGGGGGCUCCACCCAGAGGGGCAACCCAUUGCCGUUUCAUGUACCAUUAUUUUUUUCAUUCUACUACAUGAGAAGUUUCUGUAAUUUGAUUGGCUUAGAGUAGUGGUAUUUCUGCUUAAUUUGAAAUACCUACAUGUGAAAAUUACAAACCUUUUGCGGGUAGUAGUAUAAACAAAUAAUGGCGCGAUUUGUACAUGAUAUUUGGCAGAAAUACCACUCGUGAUAUUUCAAAAUUGUCGCACAUUUCACUCGCCUGACGGUUCGUGGAAUUACGUAUAACAAUUUUGAAAUAUCACUCGUGGUAUUUAUGCCAAUUAUAACUACAAAUCAUGCUAUUACCUAUACAAAGCGCUUGUUGUUUUAUUUAAUUACAUGUUACGUAUUCUUGAUUUGCAGAUCUGGCACGGAACCCCUAGAAGGAGCAGAAAAUCUUUUGUAUGAUGGGUAAAUAUGAUGAUAUGUCAGUUUUAACAUAUUUCUCUUCUUUGAUUAUAAUUGGAUCAAAACCCAUGGGCAUUAAAAUUCACAAGCUUAUUACCCAACAUAAGGGCCUGUUUACAUGGAUAAGGGCCUGUUUACAUGGAGGUGGGGGACCCUAGAUAGGUGAGGUAACAUGAGGCGGGUCACCCCACCUAUCAUGUACACGUGAUCAACUUAAAACGAGAGAUUAUAUGGACAGGCAGGUUACCUCACCUACCUGGGGUCCCCUACCUCCAUGUAAACAGGCCCUUGAUCUAGCCUGUUCCAGGCUCAAAAAUGGUAAUGUGCAGAGAUCGUAAAUGCAGAUGCGAAAAAAAAAAUCGCAGGUCACGUGCACCUUGUUUUCACGACGUCCCUAGCAUCUUAGGCUAUGUUUUAACCCUUUCACUGCGAGAAUGCUUGAUGGAGAUUUUAAGGGGACUCUAACUUUUGAGUCUGUGGAUGAAAUCCUAUGAUGUGACCAUUCAAAUGAAAGCUCUUUGCCUGUACUUUCACACGAUGCUAUUUGUUUUUCAAAAUUUCAGAACGUGAAAUUUCGAAAUUUGGUCGAAAUUUGCUUUUGGUUAAAUUUGGCAGUGAAAGGGUUGAACUAUACCGGAUAGCCUUUCGUGGCGCCACGAAAAGCUAUCCCCCAGGGAAGCUAUAUAUCUGGUAUAGUAUGGACAGAAGCGGCCCAGGGCGGGCAGCCCUAAAGUCGUCCACACGAAUAUAUCCAAUGGGGAGUUUAAGAUAGCACGACAGCGAAGACCACGAAAACGUGGCUUAAAAAGUGAAUAUGUGCUCUUUUAAUCUCUAUCGCGAUUAUCCAACUCAUUCACUUUGUCAAACGCAAGCGAACUUACUUCCGCGACGAACCGAAUACGUGUUCAAACUGCACUAAAAUAUGGCACAAAACCUAUCCGAUAUGUGACGCUCCACUCUCGUUGCGUCACAGAAAUCGCGCCGCCACAACCGUUCUUUUGUGUCAACAGAAGCCCAAUGCUGUAUGAUUAUCGUGGCGGUCCAAACGUUAUACUGUGAACACAGUUUUAGAGCCUAGUACGGCUAGAAUUAAUCCGGUCGUUAAAAGCAAACAUUUUUCACCACACAAAGUCAGACCAUCACAAGAACUUUCCAUGGUGGAAAAUUUUUAAAAUGGUGUUUCAUUUUAUAUUGUUUUUGGUUUCUUGUUAGAGGUGAACUGCAGUUUGGUGACACCAAAGAGGCUUAGCCAUAAAGGCAACACAAGACACCG